AGACUAAUACCGGUGUCGAAAAGAAGGUCAACGAUGUCUACGUCUUUCUGUGUGAAUCUUGUUUGUCGGAAUAUUGCCCCAGUUUAUUGCGAGUAAAAGGCAUUGAUUUCUGUUUACUACUGCGCUUCAGAAGUUUUGGGAAUUCAUAAAUCUUCCUUCAGUUGGUUUUAAUAGACUCAUUACAUUUAGCGUCCUCCGUAUUCGCUGGUUCAUGCUGAAGUGAAGAGACAGCUUUUUUAAUUGGCAUAGGGUGGCACGACAUAGCAGAGGCACGGUACCGGUACGGGUCUACGGGAGGAGUCGGGCAGGGCAGUGCUUGUCUGCUCUGGUGGAGAAGACAAGCUAGCUGCAGCCUCGGCUGCAGUGUACUGUACAUACUGUGCCGUCUUUGUCAGUGAGACGGACCUGUGGCUGUGCUGUGUAUGUUUGUUUUUACACCGAGAUGAAAACAGAAUAGCCAUUCUUCAUCAUGAAGUAUGUUCACCAGUUGACUGUUCUCAUGCUGUACCUGUCUUUCAGAGGUUCUGCAUUAGCUCAAGAGGGUUUGAAUCCAGAUAGCAGCAACCCUCAACGGAAUCCAACUACUGAAAAGACUGAAAAGGUUUUGCAUCUGGAUGACAAUGCAGACCAAACUGUUUCAAAUGUUAAUUCUGGAAAGGAUUUAAAUGUGCAAUCAAUAGAGACACCUGCUCCAUUGGAAGCAGGUGAAGAAGACACUCCAAAAGUAGUCCCAAAACAAUCUGAUAAUCAAGAGCAGACUGGGGCACAAGAAUUUGUGAGAAAACAUAAUUCAAUGCAUUCAGAAAACUCUGAUCAACAUAAGUCUUCCACUGAAAAAUUAAAGCAGGAGCAAGUAAGGGACCAGAGUGUCACUGAUGUAAGGACUAAUAAUGAGCAAGUGCAACAGAAAAGUGAUACAAACGUAAAUCUUAAUCCACAAAAUAUUAUUGAUGCAGCUGUCCAACAUGAUCAAACUGACCAAUCAGGUGCAGCUAGCCAGCAAGUCAGACAACAGAAUACAAUCCAGGAUCCAAACCAACCCAAUGUGGUGCAGCAACAGCAACAGGUUUCUCAGGGUAAUGAUCAACCACACGAUCAAAUGCAAAAGCAGCAGCACAUCCAUCCUAUUAGACAACCAAAACAAACUCAGCCAUCUGGGCAGCAGGAUCAGGAAGCACAGACUUCACAAGCACAAGGAAAUGUUCCACAACAGCAGCCAAUAUUCCAACAGCCAGAGACGGAUCAAUCACCACAACAACAUGGGUCUACUGUACAGCUACAACAGCCAGUAAUUCAACAACAACAGCCAUCAACAGCAUCACAUGAAAAAAAUCAACAACAAGAAGUGGAUCUACAGUCAGAAUCAGUUGGUGACCAACAAUCUUCUCAGUCACAAGAACAAGAAACUAAACUAACACAGACACCAUCCAAAACACCACAAAAUCUUAAUCAACAGAAUAAUGCUCAGACACAUCAAUAUGUAAAGGGUAGCUCUAGAACAGUUGUACAUGGUGAUAAAGUAAAAGAAAGUGCCCCUUCCUCUAGUUCUUCAUAUAACCCUCCUGACACGCAACAGAGCGUCUCAGAUAACCUACUCAAUAACAACCAACAACAUGAAGGAUCUUCUACUCAAACCGGUCAUGCCAUCAUGGAGAAGACAGAGGAAGAUGAUGCAAAGGAAACCAAGGGUGAUACAGCCAUUAGAAUGACCAGUGCAUCCGGAAAUGAGCAAAUCUCAGAUGAUGACAUCAAACCUCUGGCUAGUCCUCCUGUAGAGAAUAAUGAAAAAGAGAAAGUCGAGAAGCCAGUCGACCCAGAAACGCAAGAGAGAUUGAGGAAAGGUGAAGAGCUUUACCAACAAGCUUUGGAGCUUAUUAAUUCUACUGAAGACCAGUCUGAUCUAGCAUACAAGCUUCUUGUAAAGGCAGCAUACCUAGAACAUCCUAAGUCUAUGUCAAUGGUCAGUUAUUCCUUCCUGUUUGGUGACAAGCUACCUCUGAACAUCACUGGAGCUUAUGACAUAUUCACCCGUCUUGCUAACCUGGGAGAUCCACGCGGACAAGCAGGUCUUGGUUUCAUGCAUGCUACUGGUGUUGGAUCUAACUCUAGUCAAGCCAAAGCAUUGGUCUACUACACCUUCUCAGCUCUUGGUGGGGAUGCUUUUGGACAAAUGAUGAUGGGCUACCGGUUUUGGUCUGGGGUAGGAGUAGCUCAAAACUGCGAGACUGCUAUGUCAUACUACAAGAGAGUAGCCAGUAAAGUUGCUGACAAUGUGGUGAUUUCUGGGGGUAAUAUUAUGGUUCGAGUACGUCUCUUUGAUGAGAAUGAAGAUCUAGACACUGAUGCUGGAAUGCUUGAUGAUGAUCUCAUUCAGUAUUAUCAAUUCUUAGCAGACAAGGGUGAUGUCACUGCUCAGGUUGGUCUUGGGCAACUCAACUAUCAAGGUGGAAGAGGAGUCCUUCGGAAUCAUCAGAGGGCAUUUGAGUAUUUCACCCAAGCUGCUGAAUCUGGUGAUGCUACAGCUCAAGCCUACCUUGGAAAAAUGUACUCUGAAGGAGGACCUCUAGUAAAACAAGAUAAUGCCACAGCUCUGAAAUAUUUUAAGAAAGCUGCUGAUCAGAAUAAUCCCAUAGGACAGAGUGGACUAGGUCUUCUAUACCUGCAUGGGCAAGGUGUUGAAAGGGACCAUGUUCAAGCAUUCCAGUACUUUCAACAAGCAGCAGAUCAAGGUUAUGUAGAUGGACAACUUCAUCUUGGUACAAUGUAUUAUAGUGGACUUGGAGUAAAACGAGAUUAUAAGAUGGCAGUGAAAUACUUCAAUCAUGCCUCUCAAUCUGGUCACAUCCUGGGUAUCUAUAACCUAGCUCAGAUGCAUGCUACUGGCACAGGGGUCAUGAGAUCAUGUCAUACUGCUGUGGAGCUGUACAAGAAUGUUGCUGAGAGAGGAGAAUGGUCUAGACUCCUUGAGUCAGCUAGGAAAGCCUAUGUUGAUAGGAAGAUUCACACUGCUCUUCUACAAUACUCAUUCGCUGCUGAACUUGGAUAUGAAGUUGCACAGAGUAAUGUGGCAUACCUAUUGGACAAAGGUGAAGUGAAUAUAUUUGGAUUCAAUGAAACAUACCAAAGAGCCUUGCUUCAUUGGCAAAGAGCUGCUGCACAAGGUUACACCCAUGCUAGAGUCAAGCUAGGAGACUAUCACUAUUAUGGUUAUGGGACCGAUGUUGAUUAUGAAGCUGCAGCUCUACAUUACAGACUUGCAUUUGAACAGCAACAUAAUGCACAAGCCAUGUUUAACUUGGGAUACAUGCAUGAACAAGGAUUGGGCCUUAAAAGAGUAAGUAUGAUGAUGUCAUCUCUCUUUUAUUUAUACUCUUCAUUCUGUAUUUCAACACUGAUUGUUAUAAUCAUUCUCAUCAUCAUUAUCUCUGACACCAAACUUGCCAAGACACCAUCACAUCAUUGUCUUCAUUGUUACCCACAUGGUUAUCAUUAGUGAGAACCAAAAUGAUUAAUGUCUUUUUAUACGCCCGUCCUAGACGGGACGUAUUAUGGUAUCACACUCGGUUUCGUGUGUCUGUCCAUCUGUUAACUUUUCCUUGUACACGCGAUAACUUCAGUUUGACUUAACCUAGGCUCAUAUAAUUUGGUGUGUAUGAUACUAGCACGGAUCCCAGGAAGUCUAUUGAUUUUGAGGUUAAACAGUCAAAGGUGAAGGUCACAGUGACAUAUUUUCAUCUUACCCUUCGGAAGUCCUUGUAAACGCGAUAAAUUUAGUUAAACUUAACCUAGGCUCAUAUAAUUUGGUAUGUAUGAUACUAGCAUGGAUCCCAGGAAGCCUAUUGAUUUUGAGGUCAAAGGUCAAGAUCACAGUGACAUGUUUUCAUCUUACCCUUCUGAAGUCCUUGUCAACGCGAUAAAUAGUUGAAUUUAACCUAGGCUCAUAUAAUUUGGUGUGUAUGAUACUAGCAUAGAUCCCAGCAAUUCUAUUGAUUCUGAGGUCAGGAGGUCAAAGGUGAAGUCGCCACCUUCCACUUUUCUUGCUUGACCAAUAACUCCAUUUCUGCGUCACAGGCGGACAUAUUAUGUACUCGCCUUAGCGACACUCUUGUUCAUGUUCCUAUCAUGUCAUUUAAACCUAUCUAGGCCGGGGUAUUUUGGGAGAUCAUAUCGCCGGGGGGAUCCCAGGCCCCCCUUGAGAUUUCGGCUGUCAAUUGCACGAUCCCGCCGAACAUUGGCACGCAGCUUGCCUGGAACAUAAUCUACAAAAUUCUGUAUUAAUUUAUUUCAUGAAAAUUGCUAUUAAUUAAUUAUGGUAAUUCAUGCGUAAUUAGUAUGCAAAAUCAUACUUUUUCCUAUAAUUCCCUAAAUAAAGCUCCAAAUGUUCUAAUUUUUAGUGUAGAAACUCUUUGUGGUGUUCUCAGCAAAUGAACAUGAAAAAAUUGCGAUAUCAGAAUAAUUUCUUAUGUAUUAUUAUUAUUUUUGCAAUUUCUUAUGUAUUUCUCUGUUUUUUGGACCUUUUGUUUUUUAUUGUUUUUUCAAUGAACUUUGUCGGGGACUCUUUUGAGAUCAUAAUCAGCAUAGAAUAAAUCCAUUUAGACUAGCAAAACUAAAAAUAAUCAUACAUAUAUGAUUAGGGGUUGAAAACACAAUUUGCAUUGACUUUGUACAUGAAAUCACAUUUUUGAGCAAUUUUUGGUCUGACAUGCACUUAAAAAAUGUUGUGUAAUUUUGGAACCGUGUACCCGGUCGUCGCAAAUUUGGUCUCAAAAGAUGCGCAAGACUUGAAAGUAAAAAGUCAGUGAGCGACGCGGUCAAAAAAAUUCACGCAGCGAAAAUAUUGCGCGAAUCGUUGAGGGGGGGCCUCGGAGGCCCCCACCUCGGCCUAGAUAGGGUUAAUCAACAUCAUCAACAUAAUAAUCACAAUAAUCAUCAUCAUCAUUGUUAUGUCUUCAAUGGCAUCAUGUUUGCAUCAACUUUAUUGUUAUAUUCAUCAUUAACUUCACUAGAGGCGUCCUAGAGGUGUGUAGUGAUUCUGACCCCCAUCUCUUAAUUAUAGGGUGCUGGGUUCAAAUACUUUCUAGGCUUUUUUUUUCAGCUAAAAAUUAUCCAUAUUAUGUUGCACUCAAUCCAGGUGAGGUACUUGGGGACUAGGGUCCUUUUGCAUUAAAAAAUCAUAUUUUGUAAUUUUGUUAUCCAAUGGUAUCUAUCAUGACAAUCCUGAAUUCUGAUUGGAUGCUGAGCAUCUUUACAUGGAAUUUACCAUUAGAUGGAUAAGUUAUCAUAAGAGAAGCUUUUAUAUAACAGGACCCUGACCUUAAAAAUGGGACAUGAGUAUAUCACAUGAAUCAUAUAGCACAACAUUUGAAAGAAAAAAAAAUGACAAUAAAAAGCCUCUGCUCAAUGCAGUUAUCACAUCAGUAGACAAAAAUGCAAUUUCUGCAUAGAUUUAGGUGCAAACAGUUUGAAAUACUUAAAAAUCAUUAAUUAUCACAACCCAGAAUCAUUUAUUUUAUAUUGUCUUUCUUUUGACUUAAAGAAAAUCAAACAGUGCAACAAGUACAACCAUCAAAUCAAUAAAAUACACAAAUGAUAGUAAAAUGUAAAAAAAAUAUGAACAAAGCAAUUCAAAUAAGCUUUUCUCUUAAGCUAA